AUGGAAAGCACGGCUUCUGACACAUUGGCCGUGCUGAGCGAUGAUGUCUUGGCGCAGAUGAGCCGUGAGGAGCUUCUGGAGCACCUCCAAAAGAUUCAGGAAGCGGCACUCUCGCAAAACACGAAUCUGNCGGAGGAGGAACGCCUCCGUAUCCGGCGGCGGCGCAGCAGUGUCAGCCUGCAGCAACGCAUGGGUGGCGAGAGCAGCAGCUCCCGUCAUAGCAGCCCGCGGCAAUACUUCCGUGCCUGGCGCAACGGCGAAGAGUCGGGGGGCGCCCAGCCCACGCAAACGCUGGGCUCCUCGCAGAAUGAGUUCAGCACGUCUAAAACACACAAUGGUGAGACGACGUCGCUGCUCAGCUUCCUCAGUGGCUUCGCGUCGACGCAAGCGGCGGGUCUCCCCGAUCCGCUACCUGUUGCUAACGCCCUGUCUUUGCCAGCGCAGUUUUCGCGUGACCGCUACUCCUUCUCUGCUAGCACGCACAGUAUGGCGGUACAGGCCCCAGCUCGGCUGACAGAUAAACUGCAUAUUGCUCGAAACGAAGAGGGCAAUAAAUGCAUCAAUAAUUAUCAGGUGAUCAAGGAAAUAGGACGUGGAAGUUGCGGCAAGGUGCAGCUGGCCUACGACAUGGAAAAGGACAAUCUGGUAGCCAUAAAGCAGGUUCGGCGGGCUGAGACGAAGCUGAGGGUAGGUGGAUGGACCUCCGCACAGAUGCAAUUCAGUGCCCUUCAGCGUGAGAUCGCNGUGAUGAAGAAGAUGCGACACAAAAAUAUUGUUCCCCUAUACGAGGUGAUUGACGACCUGAAUGCAAAGAAGCUCUACCUUGUGAUGAUGUACGUAGACAAUGGACCAAUUGGUCGCGUGCGAUGCAGUCCUAAUGGAGACAUCACCGCAGAAGUAUGUACGCCCAUCCCGGCAGAACAGUUAGUUGUGUACGCCCGUCAGAUUCUUGCCGGGCUAGAAUACCUACACGAUCACAAGAUUGUACAUCGAGAUAUCAAACCAGAGAAUAUAUUAGUGGAUAGGAAUAAACAGGCUUUUUUGGCUGAUUUUGGCGUGGCGGAGGUAUUUGAGGUGAACAACCGUGAGCUACUGGAGCAAAUAAUGCAGGAGAGCAUGGCAGCCAGCAGAACUUUUGGCGGGCAGGGCCAAGGGGCAAUGAUCCAAGGCACAAAGGGCACCAUGCUUUUUAUUGCUCCAGAGCUAUGGAAGGGUGACAGGUCCUAUGCAAAGCCAGUAGAUAUGUGGGCGAUGGGAGUCACAUUGUUUAUUCUACUUACUGGCAAGUUGCCAUUUUGCACCCUCGACGAUAUCAUGAAUCCGGAUCUUCCUGUGAUACCCACUGCGUACGGGAAGGAGUGGACAGAGUUGCUCUGUGGCCUGUUGCACCGCGAUCCUAGCAAGCGUCUCACUGUGCGUGAGGCUCGUAGCAUGGUGAAGAAGAUGCACGGAGGACAAUCUGGCGAAAAUAAUGACCAUAAGGAGGCUCACUUGGACGUGACAGAAGACGACGUGGCGCGAGCUCUGACACUCGCCCAGAACCAGAAGGAUGAGGAUGACGUUGAGUGGUUACUGGGCCAGCACGGCGGCGAGAGUUUUAACGACCGGUCACCGCCAGAUGAGGGUCGUGAAGUAGAAGAGUAUGUUGGCAUCAACUACGGUCUUCCCUGGGUUAUGUCUGGCAGCGGCGAAGACAAAAACAACAAUCCUUCAACCGAUGUAUCGGCACCUGUGGAGAAGCCCGAAGAGGCCACCCGCGCAGAGGAGCCUGCAAAGCCGACCAGCCCCUCAAAGCGGGUACCGCAACCCGGCGUGCAGGGAAUCGUUAAGGGGGAAGAGAAGCCGAUCAUCAUGGCCAAUAGCGGCACGUGGCGCACUACGGACGCGCCGCUGCACGUUUCGAUGGAGCUGUCGAGACGCGGCCUCCUCGCGAACGCUGAGGAGGCGAAUAGCACCGCAUGUGUCUCCAAUUCACCGCCGGUGCCGCAGAAGGAGGUUGCGGCAAAAGAUCGCCGCGGAAGAGGUGGCAUUUUUGCGAGGCUGCGGGAGGCGUUGUCAUUCGCCAGCUCCUCGAAGCCAAAAAAGAAGAGGGAGUGA